GGGGAGUGUUUUUGUUUUGGGUUGAAGUUGAGGCUGAGGAGAGAGCCGAGCUAGCGACGUGCAGUCGUUGCGGCCGCUGGCGCCACGGGAGGUGGUGGAGGCCCAGCCGGAGCCGAGAGGUCUCUCGUUCCCGUCCCACGGCCCCGGCCUCAUCCGUUCGGCACCCAGUCCCCGUCCCGGAACUCCCGGGCCUGUCCUGGGCCCCAGGUCUGUGCACUCCGCUCGCCGCAGAGCCCGGCCCGGGCCGCACCCGCCGGCCCCAUGAGGAGGGACGUGAACGGAGUGACCAAGAGCAGAUUUGAGAUGUUCUCAAAUAGUGAUGAAGCUGUAAUCAAUAAAAAACUUCCCAAAGAACUCCUGUUACGGAUAUUUUCUUUUCUAGAUGUUGUUACCCUGUGCCGCUGUGCUCAGGUCUCCAGGGCCUGGAAUGUUCUGGCUCUGGAUGGCAGUAACUGGCAGCGAAUUGACCUAUUUGAUUUCCAGAGGGAUAUUGAGGGCCGAGUAGUGGAGAAUAUUUCAAAACGAUGUGGGGGCUUUUUACGAAAGUUAAGUCUUCGUGGAUGUCUUGGAGUGGGAGACAAUGCAUUAAGAACCUUUGCACAAAACUGCAGGAACAUUGAAGUACUGAAUCUAAAUGGGUGUACAAAGACAACAGACGCUACAUGUACUAGCCUUAGCAAGUUCUGUUCCAAACUCAGGCACCUUGACUUGGCUUCCUGUACAUCAAUAACAAACAUGUCUCUAAAAGCUCUGAGUGAGGGAUGUCCACUGUUGGAGCAGUUGAACAUUUCCUGGUGUGACCAAGUAACCAAGGAUGGCAUUCAAGCACUAGUGAGGGGCUGUGGGGGUCUCAAGGCCUUAUUCUUAAAAGGCUGCACACAGCUAGAAGAUGAAGCUCUCAAGUACAUAGGUGCACAUUGCCCUGAACUGGUGACUUUGAACUUGCAGACUUGCUUGCAAAUCACAGAUGAAGGUCUCAUUACUAUAUGCAGAGGGUGCCAUAAGUUACAAUCCCUUUGUGCCUCUGGCUGCUCCAACAUCACAGAUGCCAUCCUGAAUGCUCUAGGUCAGAACUGCCCACGGCUUAGAAUAUUGGAAGUGGCAAGAUGUUCUCAAUUAACAGAUGUGGGCUUUACCACUCUAGCCAGGAAUUGCCAUGAACUUGAAAAGAUGGACCUGGAAGAGUGUGUUCAGAUAACAGAUAGCACAUUAAUCCAACUUUCUAUACACUGUCCUCGACUUCAAGUAUUGAGUCUAUCGCACUGUGAGCUGAUCACAGAUGAUGGAAUUCGUCACCUGGGGAAUGGGGCCUGUGCCCAUGACCAGCUGGAGGUGAUUGAGCUGGACAACUGCCCACUAAUCACAGAUGCAUCCCUGGAGCACUUGAAGAGCUGUCACAGCCUUGAGCGGAUAGAACUCUAUGACUGCCAGCAAAUCACACGGGCUGGAAUCAAGAGACUCAGGACCCAUUUACCCAAUAUUAAAGUCCACGCCUACUUCGCACCUGUCACUCCACCCCCAUCAGUAGGGGGCAGCAGACAGCGCUUCUGCAGAUGCUGCAUCAUCCUAUGACAAUGGAGGUGGUCAACCUUGGCGAACUGAGUAUUUAAUGACACUUCUAGAGCUACCGUGGAGUCUCUCCAGUGGAAGCGACCCCAGUGUUCUGGGCAAGGGUUACAAAGUGAGGGAGGGCAGUGUCCAGAUCCCCAGAGCCACACAUACAUACACAUACACAACCUUACCCCCAUCCACUCUAGCUUUGUGACCAUGGGACUAAAGUUUGUGAUGGCUUUAUCAAGUAGAUUGGUAAAAUUUAACCAUUCCUUUUGAGGUGCCCAGAAGAAAAUCAUAGGCCAAGAUAGAGGGAGGGGCAUUUCAGCAAACCCAGCAUUAAUGCUACUGUGGUUUUUAAAUUUAUGUCUAGGGGUUUCUUUGGGGAUUUUGGAACAGCAUCUGCUGUCCUCUGGGGUCAAGAAAAGCAUGGAAAGACAAUAUAUGAUGUACCCAGGGACCAGAAAGAAAAUUUCUUCACAUCUUAGAAAUGGUAGACAUUCAUUGUGACUACAGAGCUUCUAUGCUUCCUUGUUUCCAUACCAACAUGCUGAGCAUGCUCACAAAGAAGGCUCAUCCAUUCCUCCUGUGUUUUAGUAUUUGGCCCAGAGGUUUCCUAAAUGGUUGCAUUGAAAUCACUGUGGUCCAAAUGUAAUUCUUACACACUCAAAUUGUCACUGUCUGUAGCACACUUGUGCACCUGUCUUCCGUUCUCUGUUGCUCCCCCCACCACACUCUUGCUCAGUCUGUCACCUGUUCAGUCUGCUUACUCACUCAAUUGUUACCCUUUGGCUGUUGUCGUGUUUACAGUUUGCAUUUUGAAUGAUUAGUUGGGAUUACCAAACAUUUUUUAAAAAUAUAUUAUCAAUAAAUAUUUUUUUAAUUCUAAAUUUUA